UUCGCUCAAACUUGGGCUGGCUGGAUUCUCUUCCAACACGAAGGCCCGUUUCUCCCCGCAUUCAGUCAGGACGCAAUUCGGCGUUAUGGCGGAAGCGAAGCGAGUGCGCUUGGGGUUCGUAGGCGCGGGGCAGAUGGCGGAGGCGCUGGCGCGGGGGAUGAGCGCCGCGGGGGUGGUGGCAGCGAGCGACAUGAGCGCCAUGGACCUCAGCCAGGAGCGCCUGGCGGUGUUCUCGGGUAUAGGAGUGGCCACCAAGUCAACCUGCAAGGAGCUCGCUGCCGCCAGUGACGUCAUCUUCAUAGCAGUUAAGCCGCACACCGUCAAGACAGUGCUCUCGGAGCUGAGGGACGGCGCUGCCAUCACGGCCUCCCACCUCGUUGUGUCCAUCGCUGCUGGGGUCACCAUCGCCAAUCUGCAGCAGUGGGCGGGAGAAGAGGCGAAGAUCAUUAGGGUUAUGCCCAACACCCCCUGCCUAGUGGGAGCCACAGCGGCAGCCAUGAGCCUAGGAGGCAAGGCCACAGCGGAAGAUGCAGCGUUGGUCCGACGCAUGUUUGAAGCGGUGGGCAGAAUUCAACAGGUGGAGGAGAAGCUGCUGGAUGCAGUCACCGGGCUGAGUGGCAGCGGCCCGGCAUAUGUCUUCAUGGCGAUAGAGGCGCUGGCAGACGGGGGUGUGGCUGCUGGCCUUCCCAGAGACGUUGCUCUUUCCCUGGCAGCUCAAACGGUGUAUGGCUCUGCAAAAAUGGUGUUGGAAACGGGCAAGCAUCCGGGUCAGCUCAAGGACUCGGUUGCCUCUCCUGGAGGUACCACCAUUGCGGGCAUACAUGCGUUGGAGAAGGCAGGCUUCCGAGCUUCGUUGAUGAAUGCAGUGGUUGCAGCGACGGAAAGAAGCAAGGAAUUGUCAAAGUAGCUGUUUUUUUUCUGUUAUGAAAACGCUUUGGAUGGCUUAAAGCCCGUGGCUAAAAUAACAAUCAAGGUUCCUGUUGUAGUGUGCCUUUCCUAGUGUAUUAGGAUUUUGUUUAGAUGAUACCCUAUGCCCUAGAAUGAUCAUUUAUAGUUCGAUGAAUAUGAUCAUACGAGG